AUGAAUCAACGUGUGAGCAAGAACAAAGUUCAACAGGUGUGGAAUAAGGCUAUGUUGCGGCAAAAGUUUAAAGCUAAAGAUUUUUAUGCAGUUUUGAAUGAUGAUCAUGAGGAUGUGAUGUGGAAGAAUCUAAUGAUGAUUGCUACGAAAGAUAGGCUAAAGAGGUUUGGGAUGCUUCAUGACAGUAUAUGUAGCCUUUAUAAUGUGGAGGAUGAAUCUAUUAAUCAUCUUUUAUUUGGAUGUAGUAAAACCAAGGGUAUUUGGAUAGAGGUGCUCAAUUGGCUUGAUAUGAAUCAUUCUCCUGGCUCAUGGAGAAAUCUAAUGGCAAAGGAUGGAAAACUACUAUUUUGA